AUGCAAUCACGUGCGAAUAUUAAUAAAUUUGAAAAAUAGAAAAUUAAGAAAUUUGCAUUGUAUUUCUUUUUGCACUAUAUAUCAUUUGUUGUCACUGUAUUUAAAAAAAAAUUGAACUGCUCUUAGCCAAUCAUUUCAUGCUUAUUAUUAUUCAGAUAUAUAGCGACCAUAUCUUUUACACUGCAACUAUUCAUUUGAUAUACAUGUGUACUGAUUCAUAACUAAUAUCUUACUAAAUUUCGCAGAUUUUGGACUCUCCCUCAGAAACAACAAAGGAUGUUCCAAACGUUGCUGUCAAAAUUAAAAUAUUGGAACAUGCUGGUCCUGUUGUUAACUUGAGGACACUUCGCAACAAAUACAACUCAAGCAGCAGACCAGCAAAGGAUGUAAUUGAAGAUGCAAUGGCGGAUCUGCAAGAUGAAGGGCUAGGUGAUUUUGUCAACAAUGGCAACCUUUCUGGAUUCAUAAAACAGGUGCCCACCGAGGUACAGCCGGAGAGUUUGACACCAUACAAAUUGUCGACUGAGGAAUAUACCAGCAUGUACUGUCGUAAGAAUUACGACUUACCCAAUAACCUCCGGAGGUUAUUGCUAUCAAAAAGUAAUUUGGAAGAAAAUGUAGCCAAUUAUUUCGACGAAGAAGAAAAAGAAAACAUUCCCACUUGUUAA